AUGGUUGAUUCUGAACUUGAUGCACUUCGUGCUAAACGUUUAGCUGAAUUACAACAACAACAACAACAGCAUGUAGGUCAACAACGACCUAUGAUAUCCAAUCCUAAUGAUCAAAAUUCAGCUGAAGAACAACGACAAAAACAAGAAGAUAUGCGUAAUACAAUGUUAAGUUCAUUAUUAACACAAGAAGCACGCGCACGUUUAAAUACAAUUUCAUUAACUAAACCAGAAAAAGGACGUAUGGUUGAAGAUAUUCUUAUACAAAAUGCUAGACGUGGUGCAUUUGGUGGUGGAAAAGUUACUGAAGAACAAUUAAUUGGACUUUUAGAACAAGUUAGUAAAGCAACAGAAAAAACAACAAAAGUCAAUUUUGAUCGACGACGUGCUGCACUUGAUUCUGAUUCCGAUUAG